AUGGGAUCUCAACAAGGCCCUUCGGAACGCUUGAACAUUCAACUCGGCCCUAUCGAUGAGGACUUUAGACCGACGCAACGUUUCCCUGGUAUCAGUCGUCAAACUUUAUCAUUCAUUUCAUCUUCCCGUAACGCAACAAGAGUGCCGGAAGCGAGACGUGCUAGUGCCGAGAUGGCAAGUCGAAACUACUAUCGUGAAACCGGGCGCCCGUUGAUUAUUGAUGAACUUGGACAAGCCUGGAGACCCGAUGACUUCCCCUAUGAUAAGUUUGAUAAGCUUCAAAUUGAGCAAUUGUACCGGGAGCAUGGCUAUCAUUAA